AGAAGAGGCAGAGAAUGGGCGCAAAUGAUUAGCCCGCGAUUGAAACCCCUAAACAUCCUGGGUCUGGGUUACAGUGUGAGCACCAAUGGAAAGGUAUUAACCGGUGAAGUGGUUGUAGUAAAAACAUUUGAAGAGUUGAAGGCUCGUGCCAAUGAGGUGCCGGGUAAGUUUGUGGUCUAUAACUUUGUUUAUGAAAGUUACGCCAAGACUGCUAAGUAUAGGAGAGAGGGGGCCAAUGAGGCGGCCAAGUAUGGGGCUAUCGGUGCGCUGAUUCGUUCAGUGACUCCAUUCUCAAUUGAUUCACCGCACACUGCAUAUGCCGAAAAUGUUCCCAAAAUACCGGCCGUUAGUAUCACUGUAGAGGACGCCGAGCUGUUCGACCGAAUCACUCAAAGAGGUGAGACAGUAAAAGUGAGUUUAUAUAUGGAGGCCCAUAUGGAGGGCACCGGUAUGUCCAGGAAUACCAUCAGCGAGGUUACUGGCUACAAAUAUCCGGAUGAAGCAGUUAUAGUGUCGGGCCAUUUGGACUCAUGGGAUGUGGGACAGGGAGCUAUGGACGACGGCGGCGGCGCCUUUAUCUCAUGGCGGGCCCUAUCGGUGCUCAAGAAGUUAGGCCUUCAGCCGAAACGGACGGUGCGGUCCAUACUGUGGACCGGCGAAGAAAUGGGUUUCUUUGGGGUUAAGGAUUACGUCAAAAAACAUAGCAACGAAUUACACAAAAUAAGUAUCGCAUUGGAAUCGGACGAGGGAACGUUCACACCGUACGGACUGACCUACUCGGGCACCAACCCGGCCGGUCAAUGCAUCGUGAACUCGGUGCUCAAACUACUGGCCCCCAUCAACACCACGCACAUGAAUCCCGCGACAGAGGGCCCGGACAUCGAGUUUCUGAUUGAAAAGGGUGUUCCCGGCGCUCAUCUCGAGACCCACAACGAGAAGUACUUUAUGUUUCAUCACACGAAUGGCGAUACGAUGACUGUGGAGGACCCCUACCAGUUAGACCUGUGCACCGCCCACUACGCCGCCACCGCCUACGCCUUCGCCUCCCUCGAGAAUAUGCUCCCCCGCGUGAAUUCAGUGCUAUUUAAUGGCAAUCAAUGCGAUUCUGUGCCCGGAUUUGACACUAAAAUACGGCAAAGGAUUGCAAACAUCUCGACAGACAUCCAGAAAAUCAUCGAUUUCGUGGUGAAAGGCGAUGAUAAGGGAGUGACUUAUAAUGAGCUAGCUAAAUUUGUGGAUCAGUUUGGCUCGCGACUGGUGGGCACCGAGAAUCUGGAGAAUGCUAUUGACUAUAUGCUUGACCUGUUGAAGGCUCAGGGUCACGAUAAUGUGCAUGGUGAACCGUGUCAAGUCCCUACAAGAGGCAAAGAAUGGGCGCAAAUGGUUAGCCCGCGAGCGAAACCCCUGAACAUCCUGGGCCUGGGCUACAGUGUGGGCACCGAUGGACAGGUACUGACCGGCGAGAUAGUUGUGGUCAAGACUUUUGAGGAGUUGGCGAACAGAUCCCAAGAAGUGAAGGGAAAGUUUGUGGUCUAUAACUACGACUUCAAGGGCUAUGGCGAGUCCGUUAAGUACAGGGGCUCGGGAGCCAGUGAGGCCGCCAAAUACGGUGCUAUCGGAGCACUGGUGCGAUCAGUGACACCCUUCUCAAUCAACUCACCACAUACUGGGAUGCAAUCCUACAAGAGUGGUGUCCCGAAAAUACCGGCCGUCAGUAUCACCGUAGAGGACGCGGAGUUGUUCGGUCGACUGGCCGCCAGAGGGGUCAAAGUGAACGUAAGCCUCUAUAUGGAGGCCAGUAUGGCGGACAGGGAGGGCACCUCCCGGAACACAGUCAGCGAAAUCACUGGAACUGAUAAACCCAACGAAGUAGUGCUAGUGUCGGGCCAUUUGGACUCGUGGGAUGUGGGACAGGGAGCUAUGGACGACGGCGGUGGCGCUUUUAUCUCAUGGCGGGCCCUAUCGGUCAUCAAGAAGUUGGGACUCAAACCUAAGCGGACGAUGCGGUCAGUCCUGUGGACGGGCGAAGAGAUGGGUCUUAUCGGAGUCCAGGCCUACGCCAAGCAACACGCCGGCGAACUAAACCGUAUGAGUAUCGCCAUGGAGUCGGACAUCGGCACCUUUACCCCACUGGGCAUCACCUUCUCGGGCACCAACUCCACCGCCCAGUGUAUUGUCAACGAAGUACUCAAAUCGCUGAACCCUAUAAACGCCACCAAAUUGACGCUCAAUGAGGAGGGCUCCGACAUAGACUACCUGAUGGCGGCGGGUGUGCCGGGUAGUAGUCUGGACAACGCCCACGAGACCUACUUCUACUAUCACCACUCAAAUGGCGAUACCAUGACUGUGGAGGACUCGCAUCAGUUGGAUCUGUGCACAGCUGUCUGGGCGGCCACCAGCUAUGCAUUUGCCGCACUCGAUGACCUGUUACCACGAUGAGAUACCGGUGCUACUAGGGUGCUACUAGUGCUGUUUAAUAGUGUGUUUAUUUGUAUGCUUUUUCGUUGAUUUUUAUGCUAUUAUAAAGUAAUUGAGGU